AUGGUGAAGGUGCCAACACUUGAACAAGAUGAUUCGCUGAUGCAGCAUAGUGAUAGUGAUAGUGCCAUAAUUCAAGAACAACAUGAUCAUCGUGAAGUACCAUAUAUCCAUUCACCAGAUUGUAUCACGAAAGUGACAAAUGAAGCUGAGACUCCAGCGCAUUCUUUGAGUACAGUAUUGCUACAUUCCAAAUCGGAAUUAGAUGUUGGUAAGCAGAAACAAGAUGUAUCUAAACCAGUUACAGGGGAGCACAUCUCAACUGACACGAAAAACAAAGAAACCGAAGCACAAGACACUAAGCAGAAAGAGAUGAAACCUUUGGAUUACAGGUCUCCAGACAAAUACAAGGGACCCGCAACUAAUAUCCCAUCUGAUGUUCGAGUGAGAAUUAUUUCACAGGACAUGGUGGAAGACGCUUUCAACAAUCCAAGAAGUACUGAUGACCAGCAAGAAGAACUAAGUAUCCAAGUGAAUGAAGGAUAUGUAGACAAGACCAGCCUAUCAAUGUCCAGUGAUGAUAUCGAAGUAUUGGAACCUUUCUCUGGAACACAGGAACGAGACAAUACUCCAUUAUCAGAAACGCAUCAAACUAUUCAAAACAUACCCCAAACCGAAUUCACUGCCUUAGCAGUGAGUGGUCAGUGUACUCUCAUUCAACCGGAAAAAUCUGAAGGUUCUACAACAAUUAUGAACAUUUUUCCACAUGAUACAACUCCUGAAACACCAACACUUAGCUCUGCAGAUGUACAAAAUAUGGAUGUAACAAUGACAGCCCAAGCGCAAGGCGAUCCACCACCAACUCGCUUUUAUAUGGAUCCUAAUUUAUCAAUAGCCAUGGUAGAUGAAACUGCAAGUAGUCAUCAAGUAUUGUCACUUUCAGAAGUACAACAACCUGAAUUACAAUCUGUCAUUUACGAUGACGAUAAUACGCCAAAUGACGAGAUAGUCAAGAAUCAUGGAAUCCAUGUCUCUGCAAACUAUUUACAUGAGGAUGAACUACAAUUGGAUGACAAUGGUUUUGAAUUCCUUGAUAUAUACACUGCCCCAGAUGAUCCUAACUUAGCUCCAAGUAACAAUGAAUCUAAACUGAAGAUUGGCUGUAUGAAACAUGAUCAGCUUUGUCCACAUAUCGAAAGGCAUUUGACAGAGGGUGUACAGGAAGUUACAUCUUUAAUUGAAUGUACACCAGAUAGAAACAAACAAACCAAAGUCUUCGAAACAACUGCAGAAAAUGACACCUUCACCAGAGAUAUGACAGGAGUGGAUCAAACCGACAAAAAGCUUGGUUCCCAUACAGUACCACAUUUUAUAGAUGGACUAAAGACAGACAAACAACAUGAAGUUUUAAUACCCAAAGAAAGAGACAUCUCUGAAGAUAUUAAGGAAGUACAAGAACACAAAAUUGAUGACGACGGAACUGGGAAUGGAAAGCUGGUUUCUCAUACAGUAUCACAUUUGAUAGAGAAAGAACAAACCAAACUAGACAGUGACAAACAACAUGAAAUUUUACCAACUGCUAUAAAAAACACUAUCUCAGGAGAUAUGAAGGAAGUACAAGGACACAAAAUCGAUGACAGCAAAACUGGGGACAAAAAACGAGGUUCUCACACAGUAUCGCAUUUGAUAGAGAAAGAACAAACCAAACUAGACAGUGACAAACAUGAAAUUUUACCAACUGCUAUAAGAAACACUAUUUCAGGAGAUAUGAAGGAAGUACAAGGACACAAAAUCGAUGACAUAUCACAUUUGAUAGAGGGUGAACAAACUAAACUAGACAGUGAUAUGAUCUCUGUACACAUAGAAGAUAAAAGAGAACCAGAAACCAGUGGCAUCAGAAAUGGUGACAGUAAGCUGCAUUCUCAAAUCAAAUCUCAUUUGACAAAGGAUGAACAAGCAACAAGUUCUGCCGCAUUGACUGUACAUCCUUGCCAUUCCACGAGUAAGGCAGACCCAGACAAACACGGACAACAUGAAAUCCAGACAGCUAAAGAAAAAGAAACCAUCUCUGUAGACAUAAUAAACUCGCCAUCACAAGAUCAAUUGCAAAAUAAGUCUGAUGACACAAAUGUCAACAACUCACGAACACCAACGCUCAUGGAACCAGCAGCUGAUGAUGCACACAAUUCAAAAAAUAAAUACUGUGAUGAUCAAUUACAAAGUCAACACGCGUAUGUUGGUGAGUCAAGAACAAAGAAUACAGAAUCUCAGAGAUCAAUUGCAAGUGAAAUUUACAAGAUACCAGAGGUGUACUUUAUUGAAUCAACACUUCACCUAGGCAUCGGAACGUCCGGAUCAAGUCAAAUCCCAGUCCAGGCAAAUAUGAUGCGAAUAUAUUUCUAUGCAUGGCUUUCCCCAAAGUUCAAAGUGGACCUGCUGCGUCAGAUGUUAGUUGUACGCGGUGAUAUAUGUGAACUAGGUUGUUGGAGACCUCCUGGUAUCAAGAUGAACCCCACAAGAACUGUCGUGAAUGACAUAAGACUCUAUGAAGGGGUACUCGACGUUUUAUUGACAUCAAUUGGUAGACGGAGAAAAAUCGAGUACAAGUACUGUGUCAUCAGUGAAGAAGACACAGUAUAUGAAUGUAUUGGCAGAAACCCAACCACCAACCGAACCAUGCAUAUUGAAGAGAGUUUCUGCAUCGAAGGAGGCACGUGGAAAAGGUACGACAACAUAAUAUACCCUCCUGAGAACUACAGAUACUUGAAAAAACUUAUUGGUUAUCAACGAGGACAGGACCUCACUGAUAAUAUUAUCAUCACAGAGAAAAUGAUGCCUAUCUGGGAAGGAUUCCGUAAAGACUCGUCGGCAACUAAGGGUCUCGCUACUGAUGCUAUAUUACAAAUAUGCCAAAUAUUUCUGUCAGUUGAUGACAAUUGGAAGCCGCCACACUGGAGUUCUGAAAAGGUGUUGUAUGACUAUUUGUCACCUGCAUUGCAAUACUUCCAAAGAAACCACAAUGAAUCCACCGAACUGAGCAAAUUACGUCUCGUUACAGCUUUGGCAAUAGCACGUAUCAGCCAUCGUUACAAAUUAUUUGAUAUGCUUAGGAAAAGUGAUCUCAUUGCUCUAUUUAAAGCACUUCUCAUAAAACCAGACCUCGAACAAAGAUUAUGCCAUGACCUGCAAACUGUUAACCAACAUUUCCCUCAACCAAGUGAGAGAAGGGAUCUGGUUAGCGAUCUUAUCUAUGUAUGUACAAGUAACUUCAGCAGCAAAGAUCCAACUCCAGCUUUUCUGUUAUGCAUACCACUGUUACAUUUUAUUAAUGGCACCUCCAAACCAUUUGACCCUGAUUAUGUAUAUCGUCCUGUAUUGAACAAAUGGCAAUUAGAAAAUUUCAAGAAGUCAGUCAAAUACAACAUGGGACCAUGGUUACAGCGUGUUUCGCCACUGUUUGUUGUUGAUGCUCAGCUCGCAUGGACAUUUGUAUUUUCGGUACCAUUGGACCAGAUUCCAGAAAUGGUUGAAAGUGGUAGUUUGCCCAUGGACAUUUCCUGUAAUCUGCUGCUGAGAAUUCUAGGAGAUAGGCGCCAUAUCGUGAGUGUACCCAAAAAGGACCAACCUUACUUACCAGAAGUUAUGAGAGUUUCAACAAUAAGAAUACGACAAUUAAUCCGACAAUUAUUGGAUAAAGUCCCUGAUAGGCAAACAUCAGAUAGUAUUGAUGAAAUUCAUCGAAUGCUGUUAACAACUUGUCAACUUGUACAAACAGUCGCUGCUAAAACAAGUGACGUGUGUCAAUAUGAACACAUACUUGAUGCCUGUGAUCUGUUCAGUGCAUGCUAUGGCUUUGUCGCUGCACACUUGCGAGCUGGUACCAGCCCGACCAAAUACCGUCAUAUGAAUAACGAUAUGCAUUUACGGUAUGAGCAAACAAAGAAGGCACUCAUAGACUGGAUCAAUAAACACCUACCAGUCGAGUUCAUCCGCCGAUCAAAUACUACAACGAAAACAGAAUUUUCAGAGGAAUUACAGAUACAAAGUCUGCAAAAGAUACGAUUUAUUUGCUAUGAAGAUCUGGUAAAUUACAACGUUCAUAUACAGAAGAUUUUCAGUGAGAUUGCAUUCAAAGCAGUGGAUGAGAUAUGCAAACGUGAGAAAGACCCUGAUAAAUUGCUCGGUUCUGUAUAUGAACGUGUUCCAGUCACAAAGGACCACGGAAAGCUGUUAUCAUUCUUACUGCACAAAUCGUGGCCAAAAUCAACGGAUCCACAUAUAAUUUUACAACACAUAUUGACUUGGGAACCGUUUGUUGGAUUUUUCCGCAUGACAGAUAAAGGACAAGGGCACGGAGACAUUCUUUCUGAAGAGUGUCAGGGCUAUAUAGCCAUAGCGAAGUCAUCAUUGGAAUCAAUAAGUAAACAGUUAUUGAAUGGGAAGAUCAAAAUCAACAAUCUGCGGCUAAUAAUACAAAAUGAAGCUCAAUUUCUCAACUUAAUCAAGACGAACGAAAGUUAUGAUGUCAAACAAGUUAUUGAUUAUCGGGAACAUGAACUUGAUAUCCUUGCCUGUGAACGGAAAUAUGUCGAUUGCCUGGUAAAUUCGUGUCUUUUUAUUACGCUAGUUGACAUCGACGUCCUACAUAGUAAGUUGAAAAUUGAUUUAGAGAGUAUGCCGUUGACAUCAGUUUGUCUUCCUUUGACGAGUUUUACAAGCUGCAGAGAACCAAUUAUCACAUUCUUUGAGUUACCACCAAAUGUGAAGACUAUUUUGGAGCCUCUCUAUCACGUCCACACCAGUCGUUUAUUCCACCAAAGAUGGGAACAAAGAGUCCUCGCUUUAAAACAAAUUGUCGUUGAUGGCAAAUCACCGGUACUCAAACUUGAAGACUUAAUUGAACAAGUAUGGCAGCCAGUUUGCGAUUCGAUUGUUGCAAUGAUACAUGAACUAGAAAACGGUAAAAUAACACUAAAAGAAGUGGACACUACAUUUGGAGAAACUCUGAACCAUGCCUUGGAGUUGGAGACUGAAGCAAGAACCCUCUACACCUUAAUAGCUCGAGGACCACUACCCGACACUCUUCAAAUACGACUAAAUCAACUGAAACAGUAUGGUGUCAUUCGACAACGGUUGAAGGCUGCCAACGCUAUUUUGCAUGUCCGAGAAACACUACAACUUAAAGGAGACUUUAGCACACUGGAUGGCAUAGCUUCAAUGACAACCAAAAACCAAACCCUUGACUCAAUAACAUCUGAGGUGAUCUCCGGAGCUGAUAGAUUAGAUUUCCUAACUUCUGACGAAAUCACGUGCUUAAAUGUUUUAGCCGAAUGCCACGUAUUUGUUAAGUGGCUGAAGAAAGAAGUGACGGAUGUCCAACAAUUACAAGUGUUUAUAGAUUUAGCGAUGAUAUCAGCUGGAGAGACGGAUGAUGAAGUAGAUCGCGUUAAAUGUCUCCAUCAGGCUGCCACUGGAUAUUCAUCACUGAUCUUUGAUUUGAAAGAAAAUGCAUCGCUUGAAGAUUUGUUAAGCACGUGUGUGGUACUAAGAAAUAACCUGAAGAAUGACAGAAUGCUGGCAAAAAAAAUGAAAGACAUCAACCGGCAUCUGGAGUGGUUAAAGAGAGUGAAAGAAACGCAUGGAUCGGUUGAAAGGUCAUCCUGGCUUGAGGCAGAGGCUAUCAACAAAAAUGGUGUUUAUAGUAUUGGGAACAUUGGUAACAAUACAUGCAAGGACAAUUUACGUGAUGUUAUUUGCCUGUCUGUUCCUGCGAUCUUGAGCUCCAAUGAUGUUGAGACUGAUACUGAUGUACAAGAAAAACGUGAAUAUGAUCUUGACAAACUAAAUGACCUGCAAAGUAAACUUAUGCUUGUUGCUGGCAAAGGCGAACAGAGCAGAGGGCAAAUCGACCGGUUUACACAAAUAUUUGCGGCAAUCAAAAGAGUGGCCAAAACAUAUCUCAACCUUCACAAGACAGGGAAUUCCUUAUUUGAGGGAUUGCUAAUUACAGUAAAUUGCAACCCCGAAACAAAGGUUUCGGUUAUGGUUGAUUUUGGAGGUGAUCAUCAAAUACUCCAAGGGAGAGAUGCUGUCAUAAUACAGCUAGGAAAGUUAUCAGCUUUUAUCGAGGAAUGCCUAAACGUGUGGCUACACUACAUCGAAGAAAAGAGAGAUAAGAUAUACCAUCUCAAUUAUUUCACAACCGAACAGCUGGUCGUUUUAAUGAACGAGUUAAGAAAUUUCAUAUACGAGGACAGCAGAUACCAAAUCCCUCUUAUUGUGUUUUCUAUUCUCUCGAGUGUGAAGUUCCACUGCAAUCAAAACGACAUAUAUCAAGCAAUCCACCAAGUCCGUUCACGACAGCAAGAAUCGAGUCAAGAUUUGGUGGUACAUGAAAUAAAAGACGAUGCUCAAUUUGAUGAUCAUGCAGAUUUAGACUCCCGAGAAAACGUUAUGAUGAAUAAGGUGCAAUUAAUUAUGAAAGAAGGCUGUUCUGAAGAGACGGCCAAAGCAGCCAUUAAAAUCCUAGGACUAAGUGUCCAGGUCGGGGAAGCAGUGUCGUGGUGUAUCGAAUGUAUAGAAAGUGACGAACAUAUUUCUAAUCUGGCCAGACAAUUUGACGAGGACAUGAUGUUGGUUAAACAAACAGACCAAGAAGUGCGAAUGCCAAUGGGUUUAAAUGUACAAGCUCCAACUGAUAUCAUUGAAGUAGGGAGCGCACAAGUCAGACAACAUUCGUCGGAAUCCCCAAAUGAUGAUAGUGAUUACUCAGCAAUCACACUCGAAAGUGAAAGUGAAGUCACGAAAAUCAGAAUAGUAAUAAAGGCUGUUAAAGAUGCUGGAUUUAGUGAAAAAAUGGCAAAGGCAGGCAUGGUUGAGUGCGGAUUAGAUGAAGAAGAGAUUAUUGGUUGGUGUUAUGAUAACUUUGAAGAUGAUGACGUGAUUGACAGGUUGUCAAGACAGUGGGAUGAGCGAAUGGAGGAAGAAGAAGCAGUACUUGAUAACACACUGGAUGACAACGGUAUGGACAUAGACAGCAGGCCAAAAACAACUCCAGUGUCUAAGAAGGAAUUGGUUGAAGCGAAAGAUGAUCUGAUCAACGAAUUACAACUCAUCUGGCACCAUCAUCGAAAUACUCUGGAAUCAGACGAUGCAGACUUUGGCAUUGAUCACUUGGGGAAUGUACUAACUGCGCUUGCACAUACAGAUCCAGUAGCAAUAAAUAGACCCUGGAAACUAUCAGAUGAAUAUGGUAGACCUCAUCUUUUAAUCAAGCCUCAAGACGAAAUGUUGAGCACAGCACUAAACAUAUACUUGAACAGCGAUAAUAUUCAAUUGCCGUCACAUGAUGAAGUGUUAUUAUGUACUCCACAAACAACAUUAGAACAAGUGGUGUUGUUUUAUCGUCGAGCUAUGUUUGACACAAAUGGAAAGAUUUACUGUUUAAUGAACGCAGACUUGUUAGAUUAUGAUGUCAGUACAAAAGCGGAGGAAAAACGAAAUGAUCUAGGCAGGAAAGAGUAUCGCCUUAUCGUGAUCUGUAGUCAGGAAAGAGAAGAUAGAACUCACAUAGUUACUGCCUUGGAUUCGUAUCGUAGUGACCCUCCUGAUUGGCCUCUAGUAACGGGCAUGAAGACAUUCCUCUGGGACUAUUUUAGAAAUGACUAUUUAAGGCCGGGUAUGGUACAUUCUGCCGCUGAGGUUGCGAAUGAUGGGUGCUGUGUUCAAGUGGUCAUGUCAAAUACACCUGGUACAGGAAAGUCAUUAGUUGUUGAGAGGCUAACCAAGAAACUUGGCGAGAUGAUUAAGAAUGUAUCUAACUGUAUCACAGUUUCAUUAUCUGAAAGAAAAGUGGAUAUAGAUUCAAUUGUUGACUACCUCAUCCCCUACACAUCACACCCCGAUACCCCAGUCCCAAGAAUCUUCCAUUUUGACAUAGCUCCACUGGUAAAAAGCGGUGUUAAUGAGCUUCUAUUCAAUUUGAUUGUACUUGGUGGACUCACUGAUAAACAUGGCCGGGUUUGGAGACGACACCCCUUUGACCUUUAUGUUAUAGAGAUUUUACACUCUGAGAGCAACAGGAAAACCAUUGUAGACAUUGACAACAAGGAUGCAUUUACCAACCAACCUCUAUACACAGUAUUACCUACAAUUGUGUGCAGAUCACCAAAGGAAACAUUACUGAUGGAGAAACGGUUGGACGAAAAUAAAAGCAUUGAAUCCUUCAAUGUUCCACUAAUGGAUGAUACAGAAUUCAGAAGUGUAAAGACACAGCGUGUUUUCCAGUACCUUGCCAGACAUACUAUUGGGGUAGAUCUGGAUUAUUUUGACUUUGUAAAGAAAAACGAGGCCGGCGAUUCUUAUGAGAUUGAAGGCAAUCAUGUUAGUUGCUUGGAAACACUACUCAGACAUUGUGGGAUCAAUGACCCAACUUGGUCUGAGCUGAGGAACUUUGUGGUAUUCCUCAACGAACAACUGAAAGACUGUGAAACUUCUUUGUUUUGUAAUAUAGAGUAUCUAGAUGAUACACACUUGUACGGUUUCCGAAACUUUGUUGUUAGAUUCAUGAUUCAAAUGGCCAAGGAUUUUGCCACCCCCUCACUUCAGUGUUCAGACCAAAGUUCACUGACACUGGAUAAUGGUAACAUUGACCACGAGCACAUAACCUGUCAAGAGCUGCCAUCUGAUGUUAACGGGGACAUGGACAAUAUUGGUGACGAUCUCACCGAAUAUCAACUUAAACGAAAAUGGGAGACAAGUGCUCAUCCAUAUAUCUUCUUCAACUACGAUCAUACAACUAUGACUUUUAUUGGAUUUAACAUUGAUCGUUUUGGUAAUUUGAUUGAUCCAGUCAAUGAUGCUGUGAUUGAACGUGGUGUAAUGAGUAACAGGCUACGGGCAGCUCUAAAAGGACAAAAUGUGGAUCUUCGUCAAGAUUAUGAUGCUUUUGAAAAAGAAGCAAAGCUACAGAUACUAUGCCAAGCAAUUGGCGUGAGACACCUACACGAUCCCGAUGAAACAUAUGAGCUGACAUCGGAUAAUGCCAAAAAGAUUCUGGCCAUAUACAUGCGUCUCAGAUGUGGUAUUCCAGUCGUAGUGAUGGGUGAAACUGGAUCUGGGAAAACCAGGUUAAUAAAAUAUUUGUACCAAUUACUAGCAAGACAAAACGAAGAUAAAACAGUGGAAAAUAUGAUUUUGAUGAAAAUCCACGGUGGAACAACAACUAAGGACAUAGUAAAAAAGGUUGGGAAGGCACAACAAAUUGCAGCAGAAAACAAGGAAAAGCGUGAUAUUGAUACAGUAUUGUUUUUCGAUGAAGCAAAUACCACGGAAAAUAUUGGACUUAUCAAAGAAAUCAUGUGCGAUAAAAGAAUGAAUGGUGAACGGAUUUCGUGUGAUGAAACCAGUUUGAGAUUUAUCGUUGCAUGUAACCCUUAUCGUAGGCAUGAAGAAAAGAUGAUAGCAAAACUAGAAUCUGCAGGGUUAGGUUAUCGAAUAAAAGCUAAAGAAACAGACGACAAACUCGGACGUGUGCCUCUCAGACAACUUGUCUAUAGAGUUCAACCAUUGCCACCAAAUAUGAUGUCUUUGGUGUGGGAUUUUGGUCAACUAAGCCAGGAAACUGAAAAGCUUUAUAUAAGACAGAUUGUUAAACGAUAUAAUGAAUGUAGUUUUGUUAGUCUACGUGACGUGGAAAGAACAAUGGAUGUACUUGUUUGGUUUUACAAACAUCCGCAAAUAGAGGAUCAGAUGCGAGAACAGAAAGAAAAAGACAAAGAAGACACGUACAUGACAUUGAAUCCAUUGACUCUGGCCUUAGUGUUAGCACUUGGUGUGUGUUAUCAUGCAUGUCUACAAGAUGAGAGAGAACGUUACAGAAAUGCUGUGGUAGAACAUUUUACAGGGCUUUGCGAUGUUCCUGGCGGUGGACAACAAUUUUGGACCGAAAUAAACAGGUGUCAAGACCUGUUUCUUGAGGAAUUACAAGUUCCUGAAACUAUUGCAAGAAAUGCAGCACUUAAAGAAAAUGUAUUUAUGAUGGUCAUUUGCAUAGACAUGAGAAUCCCCUUAUUUUUAGUUGGUAAGCCUGGCAGUUCUAAGUCAUUAGCUAAAACCAUAGUGGCCAAUGCUAUGCAAGGCGAAAACUCAACAUCAAAGCUGUUCACGACUUUUAAACAGGUACACAUGGUAUCAUACCAAUGUAGCCCUUUGUCAACACCAGAAGGCAUUGUAAACACAUUUAAGCAAUGUGGGCAUUUCCAAGACGGCAAAGAUCUCAACCGAUUUGUGUCUGUGGUUGUUUUGGAUGAGGUUGGAUUGGCGGAAGAUUCACCUACAAUGCCUCUCAAGGCGUUACAUCCAUUGUUAGAGUGUGGCUGUGUUGAAGACGAUGACCCUCCACCAUACAAAAAAGUUGGAUUCAUAGGAAUCUCCAACUGGGCUCUUGAUCCUGCUAAAAUGAAUAGGGGAAUAUUUGUUUCCAGAGGAGUACCAGAUUUGAAUGAAUUAGAAGAUACUGCCAGGGGAAUUUGUUCAACCAAUCAUGGCGUUAUGUUACAUAUUAAAUCAAGCAUACCUGCUUUAGCAAAGGGGUACAGAAAUUUAUAUAUUAGCAAAGAAAAUUGGCCAGGAGAAUUCUUCGGUCUGAGAGACUUUUACAGGCUCAUUGUUGUAGCCGACAAGCAGGCAGUGUACAAGAGAUUCCCGAUACCUUUAAUCAAUCGUCUUGAGAAGCAUUUUCUGUCAACCACGACAAUGCUAACUUCAGACAAACUAAGUAUUGCCAAACGACUAGAUACAUGGGCCCAUGAUUUUGCGCAUAUUCGCCUAAAUCCUGGUCAGACAAAUGGGUCUACUUUCGAUGUACAAGAUGCUUUCAUUGAUUACUGCAGCGAUACGCCAGCUCUAAUUGUAGCAAACAUCAGCUCGUCAGUGACAAAACAAGAUUACCAAGAUGAGAAGGAAUGGGAGAAUAGGGUACUAGAGUUGUCUCAGGAUGCACUGUUAGCCUGUGCCGUCCCCGAUGCUAUACUUCGAUUGCCCGGGUCUGUGCUUUGUGACCCUGAAGAUCCGUAUGAUUCUGCACAGAGAAUAGGGUACAAGUAUAAUUUUGAACAGAAUCAUAGAAGUUUAGCUGAGUACAUUAAAUGUGAAAUCAAGCUUGAUCAAGAAAAGAAAAAUAAUAAUGGCAUCCUAGCACAGGUUACAACACACUCAAGACUCCUGCUUCCAUGGCAAGACUUAAGCGAAGUGGCAAAAGUAUUGAAUUUACAACCAAGAAAAUUAAGACAGAAUUGUUUGUUUUUACAAGAGUUUGAAACCGAAAACCAGUUUACAGAAAAAAUUAGGGAAUUCUUCAUGGAUACGUCUUCAGACGACCAAAUGAUGAUAAUUCAGUGUGAAGGAGAAAUCAAACAUACUAACUUGAUAGAAUGCUCGCGAUACAUUGUUCAGAAUGAACGAAACGAAGUCUUUGACAAUGGCGAGACUGAUCACAAAUUUUCUAGACAUGUUGUUUUCAUAAUCCAGCUUCCAAGGUUUGCUGGUAGCUGUUCUCAUAGUCUACUAGGUGGGAAAUGGCGAUCGGUACAUAUUGAUGAAAUUCGUUCACCGCACGCAGAGUCACCAGACACGUCAGCGUUCGAAGACAGACCGUUGGGAGCAAUCUUUGAAAGUAGACGAAUUGAAGACAGCCCACGACUCGUAAACACAGUCGCCCUGCUCAUAUCCUGUGUCCAUGCCGCCACUGCUUCGGUUGAAGACGUGGAAGGUAACAGGAAACGUAAAAGAGUGAAAAUGCUUUUAAGACUACUGAAAAGUGAGGAUGACGUUGCUAAAUUGACAUUUGCAAAUGUGAUAAAAGCACGAAUAUGUCAGUUAUUGAAGGAAAGAGAUGAGCGAAUAGGACACUCGGCUGCCCAAUGGUUAUGUAAUGAGGCCAUGUGCUCUGAGAAGAUCCAAAUAAAUGGUACAUUCAGGCGAACAGUGUGGCAGAAACUGAAAACAGUGGUGACACCAAUACUCGCAGAAGUGAUAGCUUUUGCGGAUAAAGAUGAUAAUUUGGAUAUUCUUACGUCACCUCAAGGUAGUUGGAAGCAUCAAUUGUGGUUAGAGAUAUUAAGAAAUCCACAACUAGCAGUGAUGACUUAUGACGAUUUUCUGUCGCCAAUAAAUCACUUACCCCGGGAAAUUGUACCUGUGCUGUCGACCAGUAAUAUUUGUUAUGAUUUCCCCUUCUUCUGGGUUGUGAAAACGUACAUUGACCGCGUUCUACAGAGUGGAAUUGCGACAAAAGCAACUGGUGCCAAUGUAUUGGAGUACAAGUUUAAACAAUUACUCCAGCAAUCUGAAAUUAGUGAAAUGUGUGUCAUGGAUGAUAAUCAUCCCUAUUACGACGAAAUAGUCAGCUGUUACUUUACUGAUUUCUUACGAAAUAUGUUAAGAACCACAGACAGUGAAGACAAAUAUAUGAAUGUAAUUCGAAAGGCUAUUACAUCUGCUGCUUUUGCGAACUUCAUCACAAACAAAGCCAAAGACAAAUCUUCAUUUGUUAUGAGCGUUGCGGACAUUCACGUGACAUACCACAACCUACAUACGAGACUACAAUAUCUAGAACAGAUUGUGAAAAUAUUUCCCGCUGCUGUAGACCUAUCUCUUGAAGUUGAAAAUGAAAUGGUAAUUGACGUCUAUUCAUUGCUAAAGCUUUUGGAAAAUCUAGAGAAGACCCAAUUGUCUGAAUAUGAGAAGAGAACACAUUUUGUAUCCAUGAUGCAUAAAGCCAGACCAAUUGUAGAAAAAAUGCAUGAAUCUGAAAGGCAAAGCAAGGAAUUGUAUGGAAAUAAAAGCCAGCAAUACAUUGCAGAUUCCAGAAAUUUGUGGAAGAAACUUUGCGUAGUAAAAUCUUUUGUGGACCACUUAUGUCCUGAUACUAAUGUUGGCAACGAAAAUGCUAAGAAGAUUGUUCAUUUACUGAAGGCGUUCGACAAACACAAAAUUGGUUCAACAGGUGCAUUAAAGGUAGUGGAAACGGUGCUGAAGAUGGCAAAUAAAGUUGCACAAGAAAAAUACUUUCGGGAAAAUGUAGCUGCUUACACACGUUUCAGACGGCAGUGCAAUUCGUUCUUCAUGGAGUACAUAUCUUUAUAUUGUUUUACGGAUGAACAGCCACCGGAAAUGAAGCUUAUAGAAAGAUUGAUGAGUCAUGUUACCCUGCAAACAGGCGACAAAGUUGAAACGAAACGCCCGUCACCAUUUUCAGAGGAGAGUGUCGACCAAACACCAGUUGUCAGAUCGUUUGUAUUGCAAUUACUUCUACGAUAUAGUGAUAACAAUGUACGCACAUCCCUUCAGGAUUAUCUUAGUAAAACAGGGAAUGUGGUAAAGACAGAACAGGACAUUCUUGAAUUCAGUUCACUGAGCAUUCAGUGCAUAGAGGACGCUCUAUACAACAAAGUGGUUAAAAUUGACAGUAAUUCCAAAUUAUCCAUUAUACACGACGCUAUUUUAAUAAUAGAAAAAGCUAUCCAGUUUAGAUUGGAAGAACCUGAUUUGGUAAAUAUUGACCAAUUGGAACAUAUCGCUAGUGUUCGUUUCGGGUUGACAGUUACUGCUGAAGUGAUGUACCAAUACUGCAGUAGUAACCCACAAAGAAACCAAUCUGGACAACAGUAUAUGCAAUAUGUAUGGAGACUGAUGGAAGUAGCCAAGACAUAUUGCGAAAAGUGUGAUUCCUCACUACCGAGGGACUUUUUGCUGAAACAGCUGUGUCGAAGAUAUGGUUCCGACUGUUUACAGUCAAUUAUUCACGACCAGAGAGGUACCGAAUGGUUACUACCAGCAGACUUGAUUGUUGAGCUCGAGGUACCAGAUAGAUACAUUAUAUGUGGUAAUGAUUAUCGCAAGAUAAGACAAGUUAUAAUCGAGUUAGUAAAAUCAUCAUCUGAUGACAAGUUUAUACAUAAGACAAUUGAGCCUUUAAUGGAAACUAGAGAGGUCAGUGAAGCCAUGUUGUUGCUCGCUAUAUACCAAGCUGUGACCCUACUUUAUGACAAAAUUUGCAGAAGACCUCCUGUACAACAGGCAAUAACAGUUCUUCCUGGUCAGCCAUCCUUACACCGUACAUUGGCUGCUAUCGUUAUACAUGCGAUGACUGUAUUUAAAUGUAUUGGAGAGGAAAAUUCACUAAUUCAACCAAUUACGUCGUUGAUGAAAACACCACUUGAUAUGAUGGAGUCAUUCUUACCGACGAUGCACAGAGAACGGAGAACACAAGGACGUAUUGGUAGCAGUUCCAACGGCGACACAGUUCACGAAGGUGAAUACGAAACAGAUGGACAGUUGCACCACUACGAUGGCGGAGAAACCGAACCUGUAGGCUUUGGCAACAUGCAAACUGGUCAUAAUCUCGGAUCACCGGAAACGCGACUUGACGAGGAGCCAGUACCAUGCCGAAAGAUGUCUGCUGUUGCUUCUGCUAUUGUCAGACUAAUAAUGCACACUGCAUUACUGUCUGCAGACGUAAAACAGAACUUCAGCGGUUUGAUCUGUUCACCCAUAGCUGCCACUCCAAAUGUUUCGCAGUAUUUUUGGCAACAUUUAAAUUGCGAUAUUCAUCAGCUGUCACGUGCAACAGGGAAAGGCGUGGACGAUGCUGCGUUAAUCGUACACAUGGUACUACACAGAAUACUCACUCACAAAACAAGAGUUCACGACAAGUGUGAUAAAUUCCUGAAAACAACAGAAAGUCGAGCGGUCUGGGAAGAAGCAUUCACCAUAACAUAUAUUGAUCCUGUUAUGAAAGGGAUUACGAAACAAUUACAUACUGCAAAUAGAAUUGUUCAUCUUGAAAACAAUCUCGUCAACAACCAACUGUAUAAACUGGUUCAUGAAUUGAUUUCACCACAAGUAGACGUGAAGCCAAAAUCCUUAUUACAACACCCUGGGAUAUGGAUAUAUCGCGAAAGAAUAACAGUGCAACAUCUUGUCCAUACAUUGGCAGAGAAUAACGACGGCAAAGGAACCGAAUCUUGCAGAGUUCUUCGGGAAUUUCUUAAUAGAGAACAUCAAUUACGGGCUCUGAAGUACUUACCUGAUAUUAUCCGUCUGCAACAAAUACUCAUCAAUAAAUACCAUAGAAGAAUAGAUAUGAAAGAGGCAUCUGAACUAACAAUUAGACAGUUUAUUGACGACAUGUCCUCCCAAGAUCAUGACAUGCAAUAUGAAAAAUUGGUUGAUAGUUUUUCCAAGGCUUGGAAUAUACUGAGACAGAAUCUUAAAGAUCAUGGCUUCCCAGUACAGUUAUAUCAAAAUGACAUCGAUUUGGAUGGCGGUAUUGAAGUUCUUCUUCCAGCAAUAAAAGGCCAUGGGAAGUGUUCCACUGCCUUGACUGACCUCUUGAUUGACACGCAGAAUGAAUUUAUUGACAUGUAUACAUCUAUUAAAAAGGAUCAAACGCAGAGUGGCGAUGCCUGUGAACCGAGUGCACUAACUGCAGCUCAUCUGAUAUGGUAUGACUCCGAAAAAGAUUUGUUACCAUUGGUGUUGUCCAACUGCAACUACUCUUUGGAAAUCGGGAAAGGAACACUCGUGGAAUAUGACGUUAUUAACAUUGAGCGACAGCUGGAAGAAAGAUUUAUAAUGGGAAAAAGCAGAAUACUAAAAAAUAAUAAUCAGUUAAUGUUUCGUCAAGAUUCUAGAAAUCCUAGAAUUUUCCGUACGCUUGAAGACAAAAUACCACAGAUUGGUCUAUCAAAAUCGGCCAAAAGGCGGAUUCUAUUUGAUAUGAAAUCUAUGACAGAUAUAAACGAUUCGAUUAUGUGUUUGGAUAUUGCCAUUGACUUCUUGGCAUCAUCUGGUGAAAUUCCGAAGACGCCAUUAAACAAGUAUUUGCAGGACAUACUUGAAAUGGACAAAGAUUUAAUGAAGGAUCCUUUCGAUUUCCUUAAUGAUGCAUAUCGGAUUGAACUGACUGCCGAACAGAAAGAGAAUCUUCGAUCAGCUUUGCCGUACAUAGACAUUGAUAAGCUCGUAGAUGAAUUGCACCGAUAUAUUGUAGUUAUGCUAGGAUGUCAAGUACACGAAGACCAUAAUGUCACUGCCAAGCGAAUUGGGACGAUACGAAGUUACCCGGCAGGAAGCGGCUCUAUUUGGUUAGCAAACCUUCAGUGCAAAGGCUAUAUGUAUUCUUUACACGAGUGUGAACAUUCUGGCUGGGGUGUACACGCAUGUGAGCAUUCAGAAGACGUCGGAAUUUCAUGUGAAGAUACAACAGAAGGUGAGAGCUAUUAUCUUAUUUGGUGUAUACAGUUUAUGAUUUAA